UUUUUCAAAACUGGAAUUACUACGAUUUGGCAUGUGUAUCAUAAAAUAGUUAACGAUCAGCGAAGCGGUCAGCCUAAACGGACAGUACAUCGUCUAACAGUGAUAUAUACAUCUGCCCGACGAGUUGGCCAACCGGUUGCACUCGGCCAACUCCGGCAAUCACGUGACCUACCGAGUGUGUCAUGUCAACAAGAGCAAGCGUGGGGAGCGGACAGGUGAAUGAUUAGCUGAGCGGCAACAUGAAACACAGGUGUCCCCGUUUAUAGACAACUGCUUAGAUAGCCUGCCCAGGGGACCUAGGUGCUAAAAGGCCAUGACUCAUGACAUGACGUCACAGUGGAUGACGUAACAAGCCUUCUCGUGAUGCAUGCAGCCACGUCAUGGCGACAGCAGUAUUUCGACACGCUCACUCUGGGGCUAGGUCGACUGCUUUCGGACGAGAAACACGCGGACGUCGAGGUCAUCAUCGACAAAAAGACCUUCAAAUGCCACAAGGCCAUUCUGAUUGCCAUGUCGCCUUAUUUCGACGCCAUGUUUUCCUCGGGCAUGCGCGAAAGUGUUUCCGGUGUUGUCAAAAUGGAGGGCAUCGAGUCGGACGUCUUCUCCUCCAUCCUGAUGUACAUCUACCAAGGCUACGACGUCGUACAGGAAAGCAACGCGGAAAAUAUGUUGAAGGCCGCAUCAAUCCUUCAAAUGGAGAUACUACAGAAACGAUGUGAGGAUUUCCUCAGCAAGAAGAUCUCAGUUGACAAUUGUUUGUUACGGUGGAGAGUAGCAAGCGCGCACGAUUGUAAAAACUUACGGAAGGCUGCCUGGGCAUUCAUUCUUGAACAUUUCGAGGAGCUUACAUCUAAUGAAGAAAUCCAGAAUCUGGAGCCAGAGGAGAUUAUGGCUCUUGUGAAGGACGAUGACCUGAAGUGCCCAAGUGAGGAGUUUUUGUGUGACGCCGUGCUCCGCUGGGUGGAACAUGACGAGGCCAAGAGGGCAAACUUUGUCGGGGACAUUUUCACAUACCUCCGUCUGCCUCUAGCCCAGCCAGAGUAUCUUAUCAACAUCAAGAAAUCAGACUUUGUGCGGAGAAACGAACAAUGCAUCCAGGCCAUAGAUAGCGCCAAGAACUUUCACUUGUUGCCUGCCCGUCGCCAUGACUACAGCUCGUCUAUCAUGUGCCACCGGAACCCCUCUGACAUGGAGGAUGUCCUGGUGGUGCUGUCAGGGGGCGAGACGCCCAGACCGCCUUACGUCCGCUCAACGAAUGUUCUGGCCUACAGCUUCAGCUCCCGGCUGUGGUACCAUCUUGCAGUUCUCCCAUUCGACCCUGGUAUUGAGUUUGCAUCCUGCGUCUUCGACAAUGACAUCUUCGUCACAGGAGGAGGACUCUGGCAGAGCGCCCUGCUGAGGUACCAUUCCAAGAAAAACAAGUGGACCCACCUGUCUGCCAAGCUCCAUCGAGGACGGAGGCGCCACGCUAUGGUGUCUGUGGGGAACAAGCUGUACGUUCUGGGGGGCUACAACAGUGAACUUGGGGAGGGGGAGCGGGUUCAGAAGACGGUGGAGGAGUACGACAUCGACAGCGGGGACUGGGAAGAUGCUGGCGAGCUUCAGAUAGCUGUCAGCUCUGUGUCGGCUGCCGUGUUAGGGGAGAAGAUCUUCCUCUUCGGUGGUGAGAAAAACGACAAGUCGGAUACGGCGAGUAUUCAGUGCUAUGACACGCGGACAAGAAAGACCUCCAUUGUUGCUCAGCUCCCUAUCGCGUGUAAAUUGUCCCGAGCUGUGGUGAGUGAUGGGAUUGCCUAUGUGGUUCUGUUUGAUGGGAAAGUUAUACGUUUCUUUGACGACAACGUCAUCGAGAACAUAGGCGUCAUCAAGACGUUUGAACGUGUGCACUUCGGGUUAAUUCAUCGCCAGGGGUCGCUUGUGCUACUUGGAGGUCAAGAGGUUAAUGACGGCCCGAACAGACCCCUGUGCGACGCUAUGAUGAAGUUUGACAUCAGGAACAGGACCUCUCUCAACAUGUCCGACAGAAUUCCAUCUGCUCGGCUUUUGGAUAGCUGUGCCAAAAUAACCAUUGAUAAAAGGUUCUUGGUGGAGGAAGACGCUACAUAUGGCUGAGAAAAGAUUCCACAACGACCUGGUGUCAUUAAAUUAUAAACUUUCACGUUUAUUUAGUAUGGAGAAUCCAUAUAUGUCUGCAGUACGUUCUACAGGUACUGACGAAAGUCCUACGCAUUAUCAACGUUUGUGAUAUGUUGUGUUUCUUUAAGAAAAUACUAAUUGUAUGCAUAUGAACUUGCAUAGACGCUGAUUAUGCCACAUCAAAGCUGAAAUUUAUUGGAAUGGGUGAUGCCCGUAAGAGUGAUGAAGAGUGUUUUUUUCAAUCCCGACAGUAGACACAAACGAGAGUAGAUAACGCCCAAGCUAAUGCUUGUAGGUUUAGAGAGUGUUCGCAAUAUGCAAGACAUUGUAGUCUGACAGAUUACGGCGUCAAACGCGUCUGUUGGAAAAUAUUGGAACAGUCGGCAGGAGAAUCGAGAAUACAGAGCAUGUGCUUGCUAAAUAUACACUCAAGUGUAUUUGUGCCUUAGUUAUUAUCAUACUUUGCACAGAUUAGAAAAUCACCACUUUUUUUCGUUCGUUGCAAAUCAUGUGUUAAAUGUUAAAGAACAAUUUACACAGCUUGUACGUGCACUGCAUCGUAAUACUUGGAUCCUUUUGAACAAGCAGAACCUUAUAUAUGAAACUCCAGGAAAAUUGGGACCUUAUGGGUACUAGGAUACAAUUGUGCUAUGACGUCAUGAAGACCUUUGACGUCAACUUACUUCCGUGAUGAUCGCCAUGUGUGAUGUCAUGUUUUAUCUGUAAUAAAUACGAAUAGAAGCUUGUGCAUUGCACUUUUGUGUUCCGAAGAUGCUGUAGUUUGUUUUGAAAAACAAUGAAAAGUUAAAAUGUGAUUUUGAUCCAUAAGGUCCUUUUCUCAUGGUUGACCUGUAUAUCAACUUGUUCUCGUCGCUGUAUGGCUGCAAUAAUACCGAUGCGACGUUAAAUUUUAACUUACUAACUCAUGGUUGGUCACAUAUGCCUAUUGCUGUGUUUGUAAAAUUGUGUAGAACAGAACCUCUUUAAUUCAGACGCAUUACAUUUCAGAUAUCAUUUCAAAGUCUGGAUUAAAGAGGAUCGGUUGUAUAUAAUUAACAGCGCAUACUGCACCGUGUCCUGUAUGUAGGAUGUACCUUGCUGUCAACAAUGAGGUUAGAAUGAGGGAUGGAGCGAUUACAAUGAUACCCAGUCGAUUGUAAGGGUCUCUUAUUCCUUUUUGCCUGGGGCCAGAAAGAAAGUCCAUUUUCACAUGAAGCAGGUGUAAGGUCUAAUUAAGGUUGUUAAAUCAUAUCUGGCAAACGCUGGAUAUCUCUUUCUCAGGAUGAACAAUAAUAUUUUAAGCGUUUGACUUGUAUUGCAGCCAACCAGAAAACAGACACGAGCGUUAUUGUCAGUUAUACAUCAUUAAUGUAUGCCAUGCGGCACCUUGUACUUCUUUUCAUAUGGUUAAAGAGUGUCCAUUCAAAUGGACGAGACGCUACCAGGGUGUGUUUGACGCCGCUUUAAACAGUAUUUCAGUUAUGUCACAGGAUGUCAGAAAGUUGUAGGGGUGGAUGGGGGAUGGGGUGCAGUUCAGUAGUAAGCAAAUUGUUAACGCAUUUCUCACUUCGUUCAAAUCCUAUAGCGCUGAUAAGAUCACAAUCGGAGUGAACAUGAGAUUCGAACCCAUGAUUAGCAGAUCCUGGGAGUAAGGGGGCGCAACUUGUAACAAAUCGCUGCGCCUUUGACUACUUGUACCUUGUCUACAUCUUGUGACGUCGUUACGACUUUAUAGAUGUGACUGAAAUACUGUUCAAAGUAACAUCCGCAAAACCGCUUCACAAGUUUGACAAGAGUGGAUAAACCGGGUCUAUAUCCUUUUACAAACGCAGUGAAAGGUGUUUUAUUGGUUUAGUCCUCCAUGAAGCUACCCAUCUUUACAUUCUGUGUCCAGUAUGGCGGAACUGUCUGUUGUGUUCACGCAUGCUCAGAUCGACACAUUCAUACAUGACGCGGACAAUGUGUUACAGUUUUGUAUUUUUGACAGAGUCUACUUUAUUUACGAUUUUACAUUGUUUCAGUCGUUGAAAACAAAACAAGGAGGAGGAAAUGUACGCAUGCUUGUUGAUAUACGAGAAAUUCGGUGUGAUAUACCAGUGAAUGUUUAUUCAUAUCCAGAGAGGCUCUGUAAUCAUUACGUUCAUUAGACAUAGAUUAGUCAGUUUGGGAUAUUGACGUGUUGUUGCUUUCUGGAUACUUUUAAUAAAUGCCUUAAUUGUUUUUAAAUAAUGUGAAGAUACAGCAUUUGUAAGAUUACCCUGUAAAGUGGAACCCUGAUCUUCCGGAAACUGUCACUUGGAACACUUCGCUCUCCACCAGGGUGCCGUUGUACAAAACGAACGACCAAAGCGGUACGACUGCUAUAAGUCUAUGUUAAGGUAUGGGAGUAACGAUCAUCUUAGCGCUAAGAUCGCUUUGUACAACGGCAAUGUUCGAAGACAAACCAUUUAUUGUGGUUCCGUUCCAACCGAGGUGUGGCAGGACAAUUGCUAAAAGAGACGUACUCACGAACUCAAUGAUGGCCGCCUUGUUCAGGCGGAGGUCAUACAGGUCAUCGAGCCCCCACUGCAACCAGAUGGUAAUCGCGAAGGUUUCCGACAGUUGAGGUUCCGUAUGACCGGGGUUCUACUAUGUUUCCUAGUUCAAAUAAACAUGUUCAUUAUUGUGCUCGGUUGUAAGACUUGAAUGAUAUGUGUUAUUAAUAAUAAUUGAUCUUGUAAAGUGCAUCUUCCACAGUGUGCUCGUCGCGCUUAUGAAUAAAGACAUUCUUCCUCCUC